UAACUUUUUUGUAUCGGGUUCUUCAAGAAAUCGGGACUUCCCCUACGAGCCAACUCUUGUUUCGCUUGAAAUUUCGCGAAACUAUUAUUGCCCUGUUUAUGAUUUCUUUUGGUUUGGUUAGAAACUCGUCAACAACAUAGUCUGGAGUGGACGUUACUUUGUCAAGGUUAGUUGGUACCCUUGCUUUCAUACAAACAAAGUCAGUUGAAUUGUAACAGCGGGAAUUCUGCCAAGAACAGUUUACAUUGUGAAAUGAGUGUCCCUGCUGUGAAAAAUGAAAAAAAUGGAAAACUUGGAAAAAAUAUAAAGAAACCACAAUUAAUGUUUAAAGAUGCUGUAGAUAACACUCAUGCACGAUUUAUACCAAAGAUAUCAAACAAACCUAAUGCAUUAAAACCAUUGCCAAAAGAACUGGUUCUUCUUAAUUCACAAGACAACAUAAGUAAAAAUGAAAGCAAUUCACUGGCUAUAUCCAACCUUAUACACUCCGAAGCAGUAUACGACCAUCCAUAUCAAUAUGAACUUGAAAAUUUUAAGCCUUUAUCCUCACAAUUGGAAAAACCGACCCCCAUCAAAUCAGGCCCAGUAGAUACGGAUUCAUGUAUAUUUGUUGAUGGGGUAAAUGGACUAAAUAUGUUAAUAAGGGAGCUGAAGCAAGAAUCAGAGAUAGCUGUUGAUUUGGAAGCUCAUUCAUUCCGUUCCUAUCAAGGAAUAACUUGCCUAAUGCAGUUGUCCACACGAAAAACAGAUUACAUUGUUGACACUCUUGCAUUGAGGGCGAAUUUAAAUAUUUUAAACCAAGUUUUCACAAAUCCAAAAAUCGUGAAAGUUUUUCAUGGAGCAGAUCAAGAUAUUAAAUGGUUACAACGAGACUUUGGGGUUUAUGUUGUAAAUCUGUUUGACACAGGUCAAGCAGCGAGAGAAUUAAAACUUGGAUGUUCUCUCGAAUACCUUCUGAAACAUUAUUGUAAAGUGGAAUCGGACAAAAAGUUCCAGAAAGCUGAUUGGAGGGAAAGACCUUUAUCCAAAGACAUGCUUAAAUAUGCACAGAAAGACACUCAUUACUUGUUAUAUAUAUACGACAUGAUGAAAUUGGAUCUUUUGGAAAAAGCUGGGGACGCCAAGUUAAUGCGUAAAGUAAUUGGUAAUAGCCGUGAUAUCUGUUUAUUGAAAUAUGAAAAACUCAUCAUUGAUGACACCUCGCAUCGUAAACUGCUGAGAAAAGGAGCGGGUAAAAUAGAAGAUUGGGAACCGCAGGAAUUAGAAGCGCUAAGGUUGAUAUACAUGUGGAGGGAUAAGCUGGCAAGGCAGAUGGAUGAGAGUUGCGGAUAUGUAUUGCCUAACAAGCUGCUGGUGCAAAUAGCGAAGACAAUGCCACAGACAGAACAGGAUCUUCGACUACAAGGUGUUCGGCAACAAUAUGUGCAGACUAUCCAUCAACUUAUUGUUGAAGCAGGAAAUAAAGUGUUCAAGUCAGAACCAAGCAGUGAACCUCUGCAUGACAGCUCAAAUUUGGGAACUACAAAUGACAGCAAAGACCCUUCAACAAACAAAAACUUUGAAAUCUACUUGAUUAUCCCUAUUCUUGUUGCUUUUGCCAUUUACUUUUUUUUUUAGUAUAGAAACAAACUCUAACUCUGAAACAUCUAGCAUGGAAAUAUAUAAGGAGAAAAUGCAGGGUUUAGAAAAUGAGUUUCCUUUUCAAAACAACUGAUUGUGGAAAGUUGACGGGUAUAUAUUUUUAAUGAUUAUCAUAUUAAUAUCGUUUUAUUCUUCCUUGUAUUCUUAGCAGUAGGUUUAUGCUUAGGUACAACUGUAGCGACCCGUUGUCUUAUCAUACCACGCAAGUUCUAUGGUCACCAAUGUUGACUUUGUUGUUUGAUGUUGCCAGCCAACUUUUCCAUUAUCAUGAUAUAUUCGUUCAAACCGAUAUAUUUUUAACGGGCGCUACUGCGACCAUCAGGUACAAAUUUAUUAUGACGCUUUGUUAAAAACGUUUCAAACCUGACGUUUACAUGUUAAAACUUCAGUUUUUGAUUUAAAGCAGAACUGCGAGUUUAGUAUGUUAUUUGUAACCUAGAGUAAGCAAGUACUACUUACUACUACUAACAAAUUAGUUUUAGAUUAGUUUAGUUAGCAUAUUUCUCUUAAUUUACUAACACUUUUCUUAAACAGGAUGGCUUACAUAGGUUACCAUACUUUUCUCUUCAAUUGUAAAAUUACUUUUAAAAAAAUGCUGUGUAUGCUAUAAUACAAACUAAAUAUUUACCUUAGGCUUAGUUGAUCAAAUAUAAACAAUGCUAAAUGCUAACUAUAUUCUUUGUCUUUGCUUCACAAAAUAGAACACUGGUAGCCUAACAGAGUUAGGUGUAUCAAUGAA